GGCUAAGUGCAGCGUGUGACUGGCCACACCGCCAGCCGGCAUAAUUCUUAUUGGAAUUAUUGUGUUAAGCGAGAAUAAUUUUAAUCUAAAUUUAAAUUUAACUAAUGUAUAAUUUACGCCUGCUACGAAAUCUCCUGCCGAUCGCCGGGCACGCCCAUCCGCGCUGGCUGGCUAGCCAGCACAAGCGGCGCCCGCAGCCGGGCAGCCUGCCGGCCGAUCGGCUGGACCAGCUGCGCAGUGAUCUCUUCGAGCGUCGCCAUGAGCUGAGUGGCGCGGAGUGGACGGAGGUGCGGAGGUCGCUCGUGGACGGGUACAAGCACAUCAACGGGCACAACGUGGACGCCGUCAUUCUGGGCGUGUGCAGUGCACCCAACCAAUUGUCGUUGGCCAAAAGCUAUGUGGAGUUCCUGAGGAGCAGGGGCUCCAAACCGAAUGCAGCGACACUGGGUCGCCUGCUGAGGGUCUACAAUGCCGCCUACCACGAGCGACCGCUUAGCGAGGCGGAACAGUCGGAGAUACUGCAGAUCUGCCGAUCAUUGCAGGCGGAGCACGAAACUCUGGACGCCAGCAGCUGCGAGAAUGUGAUUCAUGGACUGGUGGCCACCAGCGGCGAUGAUUGGCAGCGCGGACUGCCGCUGCUCGAGAUGAUGAAGGUCACCAGUACGCCCAGUGUGGCCGCCUACUCCGCGCUGGCGGAGAAGGCCUUCAGUGUGGCGACACCGGAGCAGGAAUUGGCCUGGCGCCUACUGGAAGAGAUGGCCACGGCACGGAAGCCGCCCAAAUGCGAGGUCUAUCUGGCGCUGCUCAAUCGACUGGCCAACGAAACGGCACAACUUCCUGCACAGCUUAGCCUUUUGUUGCAAUUCCUCGAACGCCAUGAGAUUCUAGUCAGCCAGCGGGUGGCGAUACGAUUGCAGGAGCUGUCCAGCCAGGUGCCCCAACUGUUGCACACCAGGACCACCCAUUUGGGAGGUCUGGGCAAGUGCCAGUCCUGCCAGCAGCACCUCCAGCCGGUGGCCAUCAGCGAUGAGGAGUUCCGGCAGCUAAGCGAAUGUUUUCUGGAGCGCGUGCUCAUACGACGAGACGUCUUCCAGCGCUCCACGCCCGAGGAGGUGGCCAGGUUCAAGAAGUUUGUCGAAAAGACGGCGCCAUACGACUGUGUGAUCGAUGGCCUCAAUGUGGCCUACUCUACGGGCACCAAAAAGACGCCGCAGCAGCUGGCCAAGCUAGUGGCUACGGUGGUGCGUCAUUUCCGGGAACAGGACAAGCGUGUCCUCGUCCUGGGACGCGAGCACAUGCGCAACUGGUCCAAGCAGGCCAUGCACUAUGUGCACUGCAAUGCCAGCCUCUUCUUGACCAGCAAUCUGUCGCACGAUGAUCCCUUCCUGCUGUAUGCCACGCUGCGCAGCGGCCAGGAGACAGACUUCUUCUCCCGCGACCUGAUGCGCAGUCACGCCUUUCAUCUGGGCACCGAGCUGAAGCCCAUCUUUCGUCGCUGGCAGCAGGAGCACCAGUUCUCCCUGGUCACCCAAACGCAAACGGGUCAGAUUAUAGUCAAGGAGCCCGUUCGUCAUCGGCUGUGUGCCCACCAAGUGGCGGACACCUGGCAUGUGCCCUACUGCGCGCAGUACACGCCGCAUCCCACAGACAGCUUCGAGGUGCCCGCCAACUGGCUGUGCAUCCAGAUGAAGGAGCAGACGAUACCCGCCACCAAAACCAAGACCAAAACAACGAGGUGACCAUGUGAGCAAGACUUCUUAUGCGAAUAAAUAGUAGCCAAAUGUUAACACGAAUACACUGAAGGAGCCGUCCUAGUCGCAGUCAUAGCGGGUGCACUUCUCAAAGGCUCCAAGACCCUGCGGCUGGGGCUUCUUGCGACGGCGCUCGUACAGCAGCUUCUUCUCGGCGGCGCACAUGAGCCGACGCUUGAUGUGAUUGUCCAUCUCGAAGUCCAAGUCGGCCGGCUUGGCCAGCUCGUUGGGAUCCCUUGUGGCUGCCGAGUCCAGCGCCUUAAUGAUCAAACUGAGCAGCGCGUGCGCGAGGCGAUGGCACACAUCGUACUCGAUGGCAUCCUGGCUGGUGUAGUAGAUGGCCGACUGUGAGGUGGGCUGCACACCAAUGGCCAACAGGAUGUUGCAGAAGAUGCCGCGCUGCAUGCGCGCAUACGGAUCCACCAGCUGCGGCGGAAUGCGCAUCGUUGUGGCCAGAUGGGAAAUGAAUUUGGCGAACUUCUUGAUGAGCACGUUCAGGUACUGGGUGCGGCACUGGCGCUCCAGCUUGGUCAGCAUGUUGUAGUACAGUUCCUGCUUGCGCUUCAGGAAAUCCUCCUUCUUUCGCUCCUUGGUCUUGUUGCUCUUAAGGAUCUGCUCCAGCUGUCUGUUUUUGGGAAUGAGAUGAGAUGAUUAGAUCGCGUUAGCAACUGAUGCAAGCGCUGCACUUACUCCGUGGUAAUGGCUUUGUAUUUGCCCAGCAUGCGCUUGAUCCGCUUGGCCCGCAGCUUCGGAUCGUAUACAUCCUUGAACUGCUCGUAGUUGUCGAUGAGCGUGUGCAACUUGGGCUUGGACAGGGCCACGUCGUAGGGCUUUACCUUGGGCGGCAGUGUCGGCUGGUAGGCCAUGCGCCGCACAUACAACUCCAGCUUGUCCAGUUCCUCCUCCCGCCGCUUCUUUACGUUCUCCUCUGCGCACACAUCCGGAUCCUCCUCCUCGGGCAGCGACUCCGUCGACGUGGGCAUCGGCUCAUCCCAAUCCGAGACAUUGGAGCUGGCCAUGGCUGAAGAGUACUACACGGAACUGAACUAAACGAAACG